UUCUUUUGUAAAUUGUGAUAGACCAACCACCACAACCAUUUUUCCAAUUUUAUUAGUACUAGCUAGUAGUACUCUUCUCCCAUUGUCUUCCUGAACUGUGGUAUCAUACUAGUUUACCACACAAGUGAAGAAGUCUGGAAAGGCAGGCUAGCUAGCUGAAAGCCUCAGAGCAUGGCCGCUGCUCGGUGCUCUUUCCUUGCUCUCUCCGUGGUACUCAUCGGAGGCGCUGUGUCCGCCGUGGAUGAAGGGCUGAUCCACCUCCACUUCUACUUCCACGAGGUCGACGCCGGCACGCCUAACGCCACCGUCGUCAACGUCGCCAGCCUGCACAAGAACUCGUCGACGUUUGGGGAUGUGAACGUGUUCGACAACGCGCUGCGGGCGGGGCCGGACCCGGUGUCGCGGCUCAUCGGCAGAGCGCAGGGCUUCGCGCUUCACACGUCGCUGGACGAGUCGGGCGGGCUCACGGCCAUCACCUUCGCCUUCGACGACUACGGCGGGUACAGCGGCAGCACGUUGGCGACGCUGGGCCACAUCGGGGUAUCUGGCCCGUCGGAGCGGAGCAUCGUCGGCGGCACGGGCAAGCUCCGGUUCGCGCGCGGGUACAUGGCCAGCAGGCUCCUCAGCUCCACGGACACCUCCAUCGUCGUCGUCUUCGACAUGUACUUCACCCUGGCUCGCUGAUACGUACGCACGCGCGAUCCGAUUAACACUUCCUGUUAAUCGGAGAUGGAUCGAGCCCCCGUGAUUUAAGAUUGACUGUUUCAGGAAGGAAUCCCCCAUCGAACAAUAGUUAGCAAGGCAUCCCCCAUCGAACAAUAGUUGGCAAACGGUUGCUGUCUUCAGUUUGUUAGACCAGUACCUAGUCUACAUUACCCUUUCCUAUCAUGGUUUCAUGACGUGGCAUAUGUAUCAUCGGAUGGAUUAUAUUACACUGGUAGAAAAAGGGCCUAUGAUCCCGGUUGGCAACUGCCAUUAAUCCCGGUUGCACAA